UACCGUUUUCCCUUAUACGGUCAGUCACCGAUUUUGUUUUUUGUUUUUUUGCAAUAAAUGUUUGCCCAGCACAAUAAUUAACCAAUUGUCAAGGCAAACACGGAAAGUGCUAUUGUUUAAACCACACUCCGAAUGUCUGUCGUCCAGCUGUUUCGUACGGACAGCGUGCAAAUAGGGGACUUAUUCAAGUGCAGCAGAAUUUUUCCGUGUUCAUUCGUUCGCUCGCCCCGUCUCGCUCGCGCUGCCGCUGUCGUCGUGUGCACUUUGUGUAAAUUACAGCACAAAUGAGUUUCGAUUGGAACCAACUGUUUAAAAUGUAACGCCAGUCCAGCCCAGCAAGCCGCUGCCGCACAAAGCCGCCGCAAAAUAAAGCACAACAAAAAAAAAGUAAGGCAGACGCACCACAAGCCGCAAAGCAAUAGCAAUAGGAGCAGCCGCUUCUGUGACCACACCUGCCUGCCUGCCUGCCAGGCUCACGCUUAUCUUAUCGCACCAGCAACACCCUAGAAUCUACAAGCAAGCUUUAGAUCCUCUCCUCCGCUGGCUCUGUUGUUGUCCUGGCAACGGAGGAAAUCAGGACAUGCUAAGAGCAUUCCCAGUGUGGCCUACGUUAUCUCUAUAAGAUGUCCCUGGCCGUUUCGCUACGCCGAGCUCUCUUGGCGCUGCUCUCCGGCGCCAUCUUCAUCCUGACGGUGCUCUAUUGGAAUCAGGGAGCCACCAAGGUCCAGGCCUACAAUGAGGCCCUGGAACGUCCGCACAACCAUCGCGAUGGCAGUGCCUUUCCCAUACCCGUCGAAAAGUCCUGGACGUACAAGUGCGAGAGUGACCGAUGCCUGCGGGUAAGCCAUCACGGCAAGUCCGGCAAGCGGGUCUCGUUCAUCAGCUGCUCCAUGACGUGCGGUGACAUCAACAUCUGGCCCCAUCCCACCCAUAAAUCCCAGCUCAGUCAGCACACGCACAGCUUCUCCGUGGAGGAUGUGCAACUGCAGGUGGACACAUCGCACCGGGAGGUGCGCAGGCAGCUGCAGUUGGCCUUUGACUGGUUUCUGAAAGAUCUGCGGCAGAUCCAAAGGUUGGACUACGGCGGCUCUGCCUCGGAAUCAGCGGCUAGCGAGUCCUCUUCCAAGUUAAGGCGUCAUGUGGAUUCGCAGAGCCCAGCAGCCACGUUGUUUGGCGCCACCUUUGGCGUCAGGCAGGCCGGGGAUCUGUCCAGUUUGCAGAUCAAGAUCAGUGUGCACAAAUCGGGAGACAUUAACUUUAGUUUGGACAACGAUGAGAGCUAUCAGCUGAGCUCCAGCACCGAAGGACACCGUCUGCUGGUGGAGAUCACAGCCAACUCGUACUUUGGAGCCCGUCAUGGCCUCUCCACACUGCAGCAGCUCAUCUGGUUUGACGACGAGGAUCGCCUGCUGCACACCUACGCAAACAGCAAGGUGAAGGAUGCUCCAAAGUUCCGAUAUCGUGGCUUGAUGCUGGACACCUCGAGGCACUACUUCUCGGUGGAGUCCAUCAAGCGAACGAUUGUGGCCAUGGGCCUGUCCAAGUUGAAUCGCUUCCAUUGGCAUCUAACGGAUGCCCAGAGUUUUCCCUACAUCUCACGCCACUAUCCCGAGCUGGCUGAGCAUGGUGCCUACUCCGAGAGCGAGACCUACACCGAGCAGGAUGUGCGCGAGGUGGCGGAGUUUGCCAAGAUCUAUGGUGUUCAGGUCAUCCCGGAGAUUGAUGCUCCGGCCCAUGCCGGCAAUGGCUGGGAUUGGGGACCGAAGCGUGGCCUGGGCGAGCUGGCCAUGUGCAUUAACCAACAGCCGUGGAGCUUCUACUGCGGUGAACCGCCUUGCGGACAGCUGAAUCCGAAGAAUAACCACACCUACCUCAUACUGCAACGCCUCUACGAGGAGCUGCUGCAGCAGACGGGGCCCACGGACCUCUUCCAUCUGGGCGGCGACGAGGUGAAUCUUGACUGCUGGGCGCAGUACUUCAAUGACACAGAUCUAAGGGGUCUGUGGUGUGAUUUCAUGCUGCAGGCGAUGGCCAGACUGAAGCUGGCCAACAAUGGCGUGGCGCCCAAGUAUGUGGCCGUUUGGUCCAGCGCCUUGACCAACACCAAGUGUCUUCCGCACAGCCAGUUUGCCGUGCAGGUGUGGGGCGGUAGCACCUGGCAGGAGAACUAUGAUCUGCUGGACAACGGCUACAAUGUGAUUUUCUCUCAUGUGGAUGCCUGGUAUUUGGACUGUGGGUUCGGCAGUUGGCGGGCCACGGGAGAUGCUGCCUGUGCUCCUUACCGCACCUGGCAGAAUGUCUACAAGCAUAGGCCUUGGGAAAGGAUGCGUUUGGACAAGAAGCACAGGAAGCAGGUCUUGGGCGGCGAAGCCUGCAUGUGGACGGAGCAGGUGGACGAGAACCAGCUGGAUAAUCGGCUGUGGCCACGCUCUGCUGCUUUGGCUGAGCGCCUGUGGUCGGAUCCCAGCGAUGAUCAUGAUAUUGAUAUAGUGCCGCCGGACGUAUUCCGCCGUAUCUCAUUGUUCCGCAAUCGCCUCGUGGAGCUGGGCAUACGGGCGGAGGCUCUGUUUCCCAAAUAUUGCGCCCAGAAUCCCGGCGAAUGCAUUUGAUAUUACCUCUAAGAAGUGAAAGUAAACCCGAAAUCCCAAACCAACCCCUCCCGAAAUGUGCGUUAGUUAGUUGAUAGUCCAAUUGUUAUUUUAUACGGAUACCUAGGCUUCGGAGCAGGCGACGAGGACUGUUUGAAAUGGUUUCUGGCAUAAACCAUGACUCGAAUUUCGUUUACAUAGAUCAAACUAUACAAACACUCACUCACUCACCCAUAACUAGUACAAUUCAUCUCGAAUUAUAGCGCACAUUGCAGACAUGACCUAGUGUAGGGAAUCAAGUCGAGGUUGAUGGAAUGCAGGUGACGACAUUGAACAUUAGCGUUCAUAGUUCAUAGUUCAUAGAUUUAGUUGUAGAUUUCAUACGCAUCCAAUUCACAGACAUAGGCUUACGAUAUAUAUAUAUAUUAAUACAUAGUAUUUAAAAGGAUCAAAAACAAUUAAGAAAUUACGCAACCUUUUGAUAUAAUUUGAACAAAAAAAGCUUUAUUCGCAGAACAUUUAUUAUUAAGACAUGAUCUUUUUCACUUUUUUUACCUGUGUUUGUUUUUUUACACUUUAUUUCGCGUUGCCUUAAGUUAUAUAGUAUACAUUAAAUUACAUUUUCAGUGAUAUAAACAAUGUGACCUUAAGAAUCAGAAAGUAAAACGAAAAAACUGCUAAAAAUGAGUAAAACUUAGAAUUAGAAAUUAAAAAUUAAUCGUUACGACAAGUUUUUUGCACGCAUUGGCACACCCAACUAACACUAACACACACACUCAUACACAUUAACUCGAUGACUAGUAAUUUAGUAGCUAAUCUAGACUACACUGAACAUAAAAUGGGGGGUAUUCACAGUUUGUUUUCCUUUCGAUAACUCGAUGAUUCUACCUUUGGAAUGUUUGGAAUGUAAGCUUUAUGUUAGCCACUUGUUUUCGUACUUAAGAUCUUACUAUAAGAUAUAUCAAAAGCAAAAAGAUACCGAAAAUCAUGAACCUACAUUAGUUUAACAACAAUUUCUGCUGUAACUCCAAGUCACUCUCGAUAAUAAAAACUACUACAAGUCCA